AUGGCGGGGCCGCGGCCGGGCUCCUUCCCGCUGCUGGUGCGCGGGGAUUGGGGCACCGCGGAGCCGCCGGCCGCGCUGCGCAAGAAGCUGCUGCUCUACUUCCAGAGCCCGAAGCGCUCGGGCGGCGGCGAGUGCGAGCUGCGGGUGGGACCCGGGCAGCUGCUCGUCUGCUUCGCCCAACCCGACGUGAUGCGGCGGGUGCUGGACCGGCCGGCGCACGAACUCGAAUGGGGACCCCGCGGGAAGCUGUCGCUGCUCGUCACCGCGCCGCCGCAGGAGGGCGCCCGUUCCCCGCAGCAGCCGCCCGCUGAGCCCGAGACGCCAGCGGCUGAGAGUGCGCUGUUAUCUGCAGCUGACGAGCCCGUGCCGUCUGUGCCCACCCUCGCUGAGCACGAUGCCGCCGCGGCCGCAGGAUCGGGGCUGUCGCCGCAGCGCCCACCGCCUCAGGAAGCGCCUCCGGAGGGGCACGGUGCCCAAGAAGCCUCGCAGUGGGAGCAUCCAUCAGCUGAGAAAACCGAGCUGGUUGUGGAGCCUGGUCAGAUGGAGGCUGCCCCAGAACCGUGGCAAAUGGAAAGCUCUGAAGCAUCCCUUCCUUCCCCCUUAAUUGUGCUUGAAAACGUACGGGAAACCAUAAGCAGUUUCAUGUUAACCAUGCUGGUGGAGAACAUCAGUGACUUGUCAGAGGAAGAUGGUGACUUCACUGUGGAAAUGAUUCCUGAACUGCGGGCUGCUGUUGUUGCUUUUACUGGAAAUGCUGCUACAGCAGACAUUGUUAAGAAGUUAAAUCGAAGCGAAAGAGCAAAGAAGCAGAACUUAAGUGCACGUCUCCUCGAGUUAACAAACUGUAUUAGAGCUGAAAAUAUACCACCUAACACACCCAGUGACUAUAUAUCCAUCUACUUUGAGAACAAGAAGAAUGGAGGUGCACAAGUGGUGGACGUUCUUCAACUGUGUGAUGAAGGUGCAGCUAUCAUUACGUUCAAGAACCAUCAAGAUGUAAACAAUGUCUUGUCAAAGCAGCACUCGCUCAGCAAAAGACCGAUAUCUGUCUAUCCUUACUAUGUCUCGCUGGGAACAGCUCUGUAUGGAAAAGAAGGGCCACAAAUAAAGAAACCAGAUCCAGUUGCAGUGCCGCUGGACCCCUAUAUCUGGCAGUUCUUACGGAGAAAAAAUAGCCUCAUCGAAGCGAUAUGUUCUGAGAUGGCAAAUUGUCAUUGUGAGAUAGAAUGGCCUAAAGGCAACUGUGCAGAGCCAAAAGUUAUUCUGCAUCCUUCAGCUGCUUUGUCUGAGAGGAAGAGAUCAGUGGCUCAGUUGAUCAGGACAUGGAAUGCGGUGGCUUCCACAACAUUUUCAUACAGCAUAUCGAAGUACAAAGUAGAGAAGCUUAAAGUAAGCGCAGAGGUGUGGGAAGUCAUUAGAACCAGCAUUAACCACAAUGAACUUUUGAUGAUCUCACAUCUUUCGAAGGAUUUACUCGUUGUAAUAGGCCACAAAGACAUUCUGAAGAAUGUUGUCCGAGAACUGAAAUCGCAGAUAGAAAAAGUCACCAGAGAAAUUGAAAGAGAAAAGCAAACAACUGAAGAAAUAGUGAUUCUGAGUCCAGGGGAUUUUGCAAUUUUGCAGAACAUCGGUCUUGAAGAAAGGAUUCGCGUGGAAUUCCCAACUCUGCAGCUAACUUACGAUCAUUUGCAGAAGAUAAUUAACCUAUAUGGACUGCGUGAGGAAGUUUAUAAAGUGAAAGGGGAGAUAUUGGUUAAUAUGCAAAAAAUGGCAAAAAAAAACGUUACUCUCCACCCUUUUGUUUUCCAGUUUUUACAGCGUAUUGAUAACGAAACCCUGUCACAGAGCCUGUUUUUGUCAAAACACAUCAGUGCCUUUUAUGAGCUUGGCCCAGAUGCUGUCCUUCUGAAAGGAAAUGAUGACGAAACUCUCCUAAAAGCAGAAGAAGAGCUAAAGAAGGAACUGGACUACAAAAGCAUUACUUUAGAAGAUGAGUCCAUCCUCCAGAAGGAGGAAUGGACAGCGCUCACUGAGGAGAACUGCUGUAAUGCAGCCGUAACAGUCACUCAGAAAGAGGGUGAGAUCAUUGUUGCUGGUUUUUCUCAAGCAGUAGCGAAAGCCUUUGAAGAGCUUUUUAACUUUGUAGAUGAGAACACGCAAGUACAAAAAGUCAUCGGAGGAAAGCCAACCGUAGUCCUAAUGUACAUCGAGAAAGAGAGGGCCUCUGUCUUGGAUGACUUAAAGAAUAAAGGUGUGAAAAUUGACUUCAGUAAAGUUAUAUCCUUGAGCGGACCGAGAAGAGAGGUGCUGAAAGGAACUACCCUGAUUGAGCAAAUGCUGUCCGGGCUGCAUUACAAGCGUGUGGUAAUUAAUGAGCCAGGAGCCAGGUCGUAUUUCAAAGAAAGAGAACGUUUUUUUGCUGCCAGUGUGAAACAUGAGUGUAACUGUCUAAUCAGACUGGAAGAGCAGCCAGAAGAGUAUCUGGAAGAACAAAAAGCACACACUAAUGUAGGCAAGCGCUAUACACAGAUGACAGUGCAGGGAGUUCUAAUAGAGGUUUAUAAAGCCAACUUGUGCACUCAUCACGUUGAUGUUGUGGUGAACGCUUCAAAUGAAGACUUGAAACACAUUGGUGGCCUUGCUUGGGCACUGCUCCAAGCAGCUGGCCCAGAGCUGCAGGCUGAGUGUGAUGAAGUGGUGAGGAAGAACGGGCGUCUGCAGGCCGGGUGUGCGGUGAUCACAGGAGCGGGGAAGCUCCCCUGCAAACAGGUCAUCCAUGCUGUUGGGCCCCGGUGGAAGGAGCAGGAUGCAGGAAAGUGUAUGCACUUGUUAAAAAAGACCAUUAAAAUGAGCCUGCAGCUGGCUGAAACGUAUAAUCAUCGCUCCAUAGCUUUCCCUUCUGUAAGCGGAGGGAUUUUUGGCUUCCCGCUGCACAAGUGUGUAAAUGCAAUUGUGUCAGCCAUCAAGAAAACCCUGGAAGAAUUCAACGGGAAAAGCAACUUGAAGGAGAUUCAUCUUGUGGAUAUCAUAGAGGAUAACGUUCAGGCUUUCAUCAAGGCACUGAAAGAAGUGUUUUCAGAUGAUGUACCUCUUAACGACCCCGUGCAAUCUCUUAACACUCAGACCGACAUUGUUCGUCAGCCUAGCAAAAGGACAGCUUCUCAAAGUGGCAUGAACUUUGCAUUGGUAACAACUGAGGAAGGCCUUGACAUCAUGCUGAAAAAAGGAAGCAUUGAAGAUGUCACAACAGAUGGUGUUGUCAUCAGUGUUGGUGGAGAUCUACAGCUUGAGAAAGGACAACUUGCUAAAGCCUUGCUAAGCAAGGCAGGACCAAGGCUUCAGGCAGACCUACAUGACGAAGGCCUGGGAAAAUCACAUGGUGAAGGAUCUGUGUUCACAACAAAAGGUUACAGUCUGAGUUGCAGUUAUGUGUUUCAUGCUGUCGCACCUAGUUGGUCAGAGGGAAGUGAAUCUGCAGUGAAGAUCUUGGGCCGGAUCGUCACAAAAUGCCUGCAAUCUGCUGAGGAACUAUCUUUGAAGUCCAUUACUUUCCCAGCGAUUGGAACAGGGAUCUUAGGUUUCCCAGGUUUUGUUGUUGCUAAAUUGCUGUUUGACACGGUGUAUGAGUUCAGUAAUAAAAAGAAAACCAAUUCUCUUCGGGAAGUUCACUUUCUGUUGCAUCCAAAAGAUGUAAAUAAUCUUCAGGCAUUUUCAAAUGAAUUUGAGAGACGGUGUGGCAAUGAUGUAGAUGAGGCUAGCGAAGGCACAGCUUUCUUUGGUCCCGUUUUAAACCCAGCACAGGAUGUAUAUGAAAUGACAAUUGGCUCCAUCAAGUUCCAGGUGGCCGCUGGUGAUAUUACCAAGGAAACUGGAGAUGUCAUUGUAAACAUAUCAAACAAAUCUUUCAACCUCAAAACAGGUGUCUCUAAAGCAAUUUUGGAAGGUGCUGGGAAAGAGGUUGAAAAUGAAUGUGCUGAACUAGGUACGGUGCAACUUUUCUGCCCUUUCUGA